CUCUACGUAUUAUUUUUUGAAAGGCUAUACCUCUACGUAUUAGGAAUGGGCAAGAGAAAAAUAAAAAGCCCAAUAUGACCCAUAUGUGGUUAGCCCACGAAGAAACACACGCAGCUGUUCGGGCCACUGCUCGUCCUUUGACCUCGCUCCCUAAUUCUUCCGUCAUCUCGCCGCCACGGCUCGCUUCCUGCCUCGCGUGCUCGCUGACCUCGCCGGACGCCGUCCCUGCCUACCUCGCCGUCCCAGGAGUGGAGGAGCCGAUUUCUUCUCCGUUUGCCCCGCCCAACGCUUGGAGUCUCGCCGCGUCUGCGGCUCCCACCGCCCUGCGUGUCUGUGCCCCUGCCCAGGUGCGGCAAGCCAGUAGCCGGCAGUGCCCCAUUGCCUCGCGGGCGGUGGCUGGUACCCCUGCAAUCCAGAGCCGCCAGACUAAUCUGCAAUUUGCCACUGUACAAAUUUUCGAUCUGAGAAGUAUUGAAGAAUGAAGAGGACAUGAAACAUCUAUUUUUUCAAAGACAUGCUAUGAACAUAGGAAGAAGGCUAGUAUGCCGGAUGUGGCCGAUGCAGAAGAACUAAGCGGAGAACUUGUGGUAGAAAUAAAAACUCAUGAACCAGCAGUGUCUGUGUCGGAUGUGACGAUAGAGCAAGAUCACAUACAUCCAAGGCGAAUGAAGAAGAUAUAAUGUAUUCUUUCAUGGCAAUGCAAAAAGGGUAGGCCAGAAACAUAGUAUUCUUUGAACUUCUCAAGGUAUGUGGUAUGGAACUUGUUGGCUGAAAGAUACUUUGCGUCCUUCUUUUAUGCAAAACUGAGACUUAAUUGAGAAUUCUCAUCACUUAAGUUUGUAAGACUUAAUUGUCAAAAUUUUUUUGGACCACCCUAUUUUCAAAUCCUAGCUCCGCCACUGGCCAUCGGCGGUUGACGUUUCCUUGUCCUGCAACCCGAACGGGAGCAAGUGAAGCUCUGUACUUCCCCAAGCUGCUUUCUGUCAAGCCACAGCCGAACCAAACACAGCCUCAAUCGAUUGGGCUCGUUCGGGAGGUUUGAUGACGAUGGUCCGGGCGAAUCCGGCGACGGCAGUUCUUGAUUCGUACAAGCACAUCAAGCGCUUGGCCGGUGGCCGGCCGGACCAGUUUGACCUUGCAGCGGUCCUGUCAGCGUGCGCGUGGCUGGACAUCCUCGCCUGCGGCACACAGGUGCACUGUGACGCGGUGAAGAGUGGCUUCUUCUCGGGCGCCUUUUGUGCGACGGCGCUGGUGAACAUGUACGCCAGGUGCGGCCGCGUGGGGGAUGCCCGCAGGGUGUUCGGCGGAAUCGCAUGCCCGGACACCGUGUGCUGGACGAGCAUGAUCUCUGGGUACCACCGAGCUGGAAGAUACGGGGAAGCAUUGUCUUUGUUCUCGAGAAUGUUGAAGAUGGGAUCUUCUCCGGACCAAGUGACUUGUGUCACCGUAAUUUCCAUUCUUGCGAGCUUGGGUAGGCUGGAUGAUGCUAGGGCCUUGCUGAAGAGGAUGCCGGCGCCGAGCAUGGUUGCUUGGAACGCUGUCAUCUCCAGUUAUGCGCAACAGAGUGGGAUCAAGCAUGAGGUCUUUGGAUUGUAUAAGGACAUGAAGAGGCAGGGAUUAUGGCCCAGUAGAUCGACUUUUGCCAGCAUGCUAAGCGCAGCAGCCAAUAUGAAGGCGUCUGUUGAAGGUCGACAGUUCCACGCGUCCUCGGUAAGGCAUGGCUUGGAUGCAAAUGUUUUCGUGGGUAGUUCUCUGAUCAACCUUUAUGCGAAAUGUGGUUGCAUUAGUGAGGCGAAGUCUGUGUUUGAUUUCUCCCGUGAGAGGAACAUUGUCAUGUGGAAUGCGAUGCUCAAUGGGCUUGUUCGAAAUGAGCUACAAGAAGAGGCCAUCCAAAUGUUCUGGUAUAUGACGAGGCUUGGUCUUGAGGCUGAUGAGUUCACGUUUGUCAGUGUUCUUGGUGCAUGUGCCUACUUGGAUUCACAUUGCCUGGGAAGACAAGUGCAGUGUGUGACAAUCAAGAAUGGCAUGGCUGCAAGCUUGCUUGUUGCUAAUGCAACAUUAGAUAUGCACUCCAAAUUUGGAGCUACAGAUGAUGCGAAAACAUUAUUCAAUCUGAUUCCUUACAAGGAUAGUGUAUCCUGGAAUGCCCUUAUAGUUGGACUUGCACAUAAUGGAGAAGAGGAAGCAGCAAUUGGUAUGCUUGGAUUGAUGAAUGCGGAUGGUAUAACACUAGAUGAGGUGUCUUUUGCUACUGUAGUUAAUGCAUGUUCCAAUAUUCGAGCUACUGAGACUGGAAAGCAAAUCCACUGCCUAGCAAUGAAGUAUAGUAUCUGCUCUAAUCAUGCUGUUGGUAGCUCUCUGAUUGAUUUAUAUUCUAAGCAUGGAGAUGUGGAAUCUUGUAGGAAGGUUUUGGCACAGGUAGAUGCAAGUAGUAUAGUCCCAAUAAAUGCUCUGAUUGCGUGUCUUGUGCAGAACGAUAGAGAUGAUGAAGCUAUACAGUUGUUUCAGCAGGUUCUUAGAGAUCGUUUAAAGCCCUCCAGCUUUACAUUUUCAAGCAUUCUUUCUGGUUGUACUGGACUUCUCAGUUCAAUUGUUGGCAAACAAGCUCAUUGUUACACAAUGAAGUCUGGUCUUCUGACUGAUGAUUCUUCCCUUGGUGUUUUACUGAUCCGGAUAUAUUUGAAGUCCAAAAUGCCUGAGGAUGCCGACAAACUCUUGACAGAGAUGCCAGAUCACAAAAGCCUGCUUGAGUGGACAGCUAUCAUUUCAGGGUAUGCUCAAAAUGGUUACAGUUUGCAAUCAUUGGUAUCAUUUUGGAGAAUGCGCAGUUAUGAUGUUCACUCAGAUGAGGCGACCUUCGCUAGUAUUCUCAAAGCUUGUUCAGAAAUGACAGCUCUUAACGACGGGAAAGAGAUACAUGGGCUCAUCAUUAAAUCUGGAUUUAAUUCUUAUGAAACUUCAACUAGUGCCCUCAUAGACAUGUACUCCAAGUGUGGGGAUAUCACCUCAUCCUUUGAAGCCUUCAAACAAUUGGAAAACAAGCAAAGCAUCACGUUAUGGAACUCCAUGAUUGUUGGAUUUGCAAAGAAUGGUUAUGCUGACGAAGCACUUCUGCUUUUUCAGAAAAUGCAGAAGUCACAACUAAAGCCUGAUGACGUUACAUUCCUUGGUGUCCUAAUCGCUUGUGCUCAUGCUGGCUUAAUUUCUGUGGGUCGGCAUUACUUUGAUUCUAUGAACAAAGUCUAUGGAUUAAAGCCUAGAGUAGAUCAUUAUGCGUGUUUUAUUGAUCUCCUUGGACGAGGUGGUCAUCUUGAAGAGGCUGAAGAAGUUAUUAACCAGUUGCCUUUCAGACCUGAUGGUGUGAUCUGGGCGACAUACCUUGCAGGAUGCAGAAUGCACAAUGAUGAAGAAAGGGGGAAAGUUGCAGCAAAAAAACUUACCGAGUUGGAACCAGAAAACUCGUCUACAUAUGUGUUGGUUUCAGGCUUACAUGCUGCAGCUGGUAACUGGGGUGAAGCUAAGAUAGCCAGAGAAGCAAUGCGAGGAAAUGGAGUAACAAAAUUUCCGGGAUGUAGUUGGGUCACAGUAGGGAACAAGACAAGCUUAUUUCUUGUACAAGACAAGAAACACCCCGACUCUCUUAGCAUCUAUGAAAAGCUUGAUGAUCUUACUGGAAUGAUGAAGAAAGAUGAUGACAUUGAGGAGUAUGAUAUGCUUAUUUCAGCUGAAAUGUUUACUUGAUGACUCAAAACCCUUUUGAACCAAAAUGCUCUGCUUAAGAAUGAGGCCCUGAUGUCAUCUUCUGGCCAAUCCAGGACUUGGGUAGAUGCUUGGUUACCGAGUUCUAGCAUCACUGCAUCAGCACAGCUUUAAGGACUAUUGGUUUCACCCUGCAUUCCGACUCAAGGGAGCCUAAUUACCUGUGAUGAAAACACUUUGUUCAGUUGUGGAUACCAAGAUGGCUUGUGAAGUUACCACGAGGUCUCAUUCUUGAUGUGGGAAGCGGUACCAGUGAAGAUUCAGGGAGCAACUAGAACUCAUGUAUGCUCAGAUGUUGCUUAUUUGACGAAUUUGAUGUGGUGCCACAACUAGGUGGCACAGCUGCAGUUUUCCGAUCUCUUAUUUAUGCAUUCAGCUGGUCAGUUUUUUCGUAUGAAGCUUGAUGUUUAUGUUGCUUUGGCAACUUUUGUGCUUUGGAACUUGAUGAAUGGUAUCAUUGCACGAUGCACAGUUAUUAGUCUUGUAGGAGCACAAAAGACAACUUUGUAUCCUGAUCAUAUUUUUCUACUUCUGAACUCCACACGGUCCUCUGAACCAUUUAGGAUAGUGUGUUCAGUAUGUCCGAUUGCCAGGAUAUGCCGAAGGUCUGAUUUUGUCCAGUAUAAAUCAAUGGGCAGUUAUAUGUUGAAUUAUAUAUCUGCCAGUGUUUCAGAUGUGAUUGUUAAUAACCACUCUGCUGUCUUUCUUGUGAACUAACAUUUCAGAACUGCCGCAUUGGGCUGCAUGCCACACUGUACUAUUUUGUGUGACAUGGAUAAUGCUACCCUGUUUAUAAUCUUUAUUCGGUUAGAUUGCAAAGAAAACUACUUAGCAGCAUCCUGCCAUGUUUCAUCAUUUUUAUUCAUUGUGGGUAGCAGUUACUUAUUGGCUCCAGAAAACAAAUGAGCAUAGCUGGAUGGAGCUCCAGCAUCUUGAGUUCUUGGUGUUGCACCUGUGAGACUGCAGGUCCAGACAAUCUGAUGCCUUUAGAAUUGGCUCUCAAAUUUUCAACCGAGAUUAGAGCUAGUGAAUGAUUUUCAGUUUAUAUAGUCAUACACAUACUCAAGGAGUCCAUACCUUGGCCUCUGUGCAAGAUAUUCUUACUUUCAGCUGAUUAGCAGCCACUAUUGUUCAGGAAUUUUGAGUGGCGCACGUCCUGGCCUGGCGAGCCGAUGACCGGGCAGAACCGCAAUCACCGUCGCCGCCAUACUUUUGUGUACUGCUUGGUUCAUUGCACGCGGCCUGUACAAAUUGCUUUGUUAGUUAUUUGCGUGAGCCUCAGCCCCUUUAGUGUGUCAAGGACAAAGCAAAAGAAGAGGGGAGUGGCUAGCCAGAUUGCCCACAACUCAGCUCAUCAGGUGCAUCCAUACAAUGUCGAGCUGGACAUCAUUUGUCAAGGGACGAGAUCGACGGGCAGCAGCAGCUCGAGUUCACCUCACAGAACGAACCUAUAUAUGAUAAGCAAACUAGUCCCUUCAUAUUUGUGUUAGCUAGUUCAUGCACGCCGAAGGUCGCUUGCAUCUUUGCUCGGCUCAAUGAGUCUUGUUUUUGUCUUGUCUAUUUUCUUUUGGAAAUGAAAAGGAAGUGAAAAAAAAGGACCCGGUUAGACUCAAAAGUAAUAUCUGAAUUCGGGUUCAAAUCGGUCGUGUACGGUGUUCACUAAAACGGGCGUCACUUGGAGUGCGGAUUUCCAGCUACCGUUAUUUUAGAAACACUCACAUAGAGGAGACUUUUUGGUCCAUCAAAGACUCGUGUAUUUAUCCAAAAAAGAAGUUCAAAGACUUGUAUGUAGUUGAGUUGGAUUCUACUUCUGUAUGCAGAAGAAGAAGAAGAAAAAAUCAAUGCUUUUGCGAUGUAAAAAUACGGUAUUCGAAUAGCGGCCUCCCUACCCUCAAACCCCCAUUAGGCAUUUUCAGCGUGACUUUUCCAUACAUACUCUGUUUUGGUAGAAUGAGCUCUUUGGUCGCUGUGGCAGGUAAAGUAGGGAUGGGUGACAAGUAAUUCCGGACGGAAGAAGUAUCAAUGGUCUUGAUUGUCCAUAGGCUCCUUUGGUUAGACAGACGUAGGAAGGAGUAGCUUGUCCUGUCGCCAACCCAAUCCCUUUAUAUUUGUUUUUUUAGACAAUCCUUUUAUAUUUGUGGUAGCUAGUCCAUGCAUGGCACAAGCAAGCGUGGCCAUAGAUUCAGAGGUUGA